UUUUGUUUUUCUGUGACACACAUAUUUAUAAUUUUUUUUGUUUUAUUGAUGCACAAUUGAUAAGAGUCCAUAAAGUACACACACAUUUACUGAUAAACAAACAUACACACUGAAAUCAAUUUUGCAAUGAGCAGACGAUUAACGCUGGCGUUUAAGUGAAUAUAAAGCGCCGAAAUACGGCGUUGAGCCCACGGACCAAAAAUAAAAAAAAAAAAAAAAACAAAAUAAAGCCAGAAAUGCCAGCAACAAUUACAACAGCAGCCGCUGCCGCUGCUGCCAUCACCACAUCCGGCAGUGUGCCCAGCUCAGAUGCGAGCACAGUCCAAGGAGCAGCGGCAAUGACAGCCAACAACAACAGCAGCAGCAGCAGUAACAGUACCACUUCGAGUGGACGCCAUCAGCUGCGACCUGUGAAAUAUGAUUAUGCAGAUUCAUUUGCCUGCACCUAUGUGGUAUCUGUGGUGGCCGCAUCCAUAGCCGAAUUGGCCACCUACCCGCUUGAUCUCACCAAGACCCGUCUGCAGAUCCAAGGCGAGGCGGCCAGUGUGGCCAGUGUUGCUGGCGGUGCCAAAGCAAAUAUGCAAUAUCGCGGCAUGGUCGCCACCGCCUUUGGCAUUGUACGCGAGGAGGGCGCUCUCAAAUUGUGGCAGGGCGUGACGCCGGCGCUCUACAGACACGUCGUCUAUAGUGGCGUGCGCAUCUGCAGCUAUGAUCUGAUGCGCAAGGAGUUCACCCAGAACGGCACCCAGGCGCUGCCCGUGUGGAAAUCAGCGCUGUGCGGCGUCACCGCCGGCGCUGUGGCUCAAUGGCUCGCCUCGCCCGCCGAUCUGGUCAAGGUCCAAAUACAAAUGGAGGGCCGUCGUCGUCUGAUGGGCGAUGCGCCGCGCGUUCAUGGCGCCGCGCAUGCCUUCCGUCAGAUUAUCCAACGCGGUGGUGUUAAGGGUCUGUGGAAGGGCAGCAUACCGAAUGUGCAACGGGCGGCGCUUGUUAAUCUCGGUGAUCUGACCACAUACGAUACGAUCAAGCAUCUGAUUAUGCAUCGCCUGCAAAUGCCCGAUUGCCAUACGGUGCAUGUCCUUGCCUCGAUUUGUGCCGGCUUUGUAGCGGCCAUAAUGGGCACACCCGCAGAUGUGGUCAAGACACGGAUCAUGAACCAACCGACCGACGAGCUGGGACGGGGCUUGCUGUAUCGCGGUUCAGUGGAUUGUUUGCGUCAAACGGUGGCCAAGGAAGGAUUUGUUGCGCUCUACAAAGGUUUCCUGCCCUGCUGGAUACGCAUGGCACCGUGGUCCUUAACCUUUUGGUUGUCAUUCGAGCAGAUACGCAAAAUGAUUGGCGCAUCCAGUUAUUGAGCUCAGAGUGUGUUUGUUUUUUUUGUUAAGUUCACAAUUCAAAUCGAGAAGACAGACACGAAAAUCAAAACAAAUUGCAAUCGAUAUAUGUACAUGUUAAUAAGAGAGUGACAACAAAAGAAAGAGAGAGAGAGCGAAACAAACAAAAGAACGAGCAAAGAAAAAAUAGUAAUGUUAAUUCUACACACUGCUUUGUCCGGCAACAAAGUAAACAAAAGUGCUAUUAUUGUUAUGGUACAAAAUAUCCCCACUCCAAGACUGUUUCCAUCGUAGCACAAACGACAAAGGUCCCCUACCCAUCCCUUCAUAUAUUCUCUUGAAUCUAGCUUCUUCUUGCUCAGGUCCCCAGAACAACAAAAGGACUUUCAAUACUCACAAGAAAGUGUGGAACAAACAACAAAAGCAGCAGCUGCAGCUAGUUAACUUGUAGAAAAAUUAAAAAAAAGACGAGGGAUCGUAGACUGAGAAAGAAUACUAUAUGCUCGAUAAAGUUGAUUGGUUGUUCGGUAAUAUGUACG